GCUCCAGCAGAUGUUACUGAGCAUGUGCAGUUUGUGUGAGCUUGCUGAGUGCACCCUACGUAGCACAUUGCUACAGAGAGCAGUUUCCUACACUACACCUGGUCGCCCAACCCUGUCUGCGGCUCCAGCUGCGUAUCAGAGGACCCCCUGCAAAGAAGGCCGGUGGGGAGUGGGGCGGGACAGGCGGUUACAUGGGCGCCUAAUGCCUUUCUCUGCCGCGGCCAGGCGUCAGACAAACGCGCCGCAGAGACGGAGGACCCCGCUGGAGAACAGAGGUGGACGCACAGCACCGGUCCUUCCCGGCGGGAUGUUUGUGCCGUGCGGCAGUUCCGCUGCUGCGGACUUUGAAGGCUUCACGCUCCUGCUGCCAGCUGUAUCAGUUGGGAAUGUUGGCCAGCUGGCGGUAGAUCUAGUUAUUUUUACCCUUGACAUGCCUAAAGUUGGUUACUUCUACACUGAUUGCCUGGUGCCAAUGGUUGGCAAUAAUCCGUAUGCAACAGCAGAAGAAAACUCAACAGAGUUGAGUAUAAAUGCUGAAGUGUAUUCUUUACCUUCUAAAAAGCUUGUGGUUCUCCAGAUCAGAUCACCAUUUGUAAAGAACAAGUAUAGGUCAUUUUGUCAAACACUCCUUUCUUGGGUGAAAAGCAGUAGAUGUGCCAAAGUCAUUCUUCUGUCAAGCAGCCAUGCAUAUCAGCGUGAUGAUCAGCAGCUUCAUGGUACGCCACUACGAUACUUACUCUCACCUGCUAUUCAGAAAACAGCUGGAGAUCUAAUGCAGAGGCUAAACUGGAAAGAGAUGGAAAAAGUGGCUGCUUACCCAGGAGUAAAUGAUGCAGAAAUGGUACUACAUAUUCCUGGAGGUGGCAUCACAACAUUAUUAUACAGUGAGAGUUGUUCAAAUGGAAUUGAAAUGGCAGUUCUGUUGAAAUUCUGCUCAGAGGGGGACAACAUCCCUGAUGCACUGGCUCUUGUUAACUAUCUUAAUGAAUGGCUCCAGCUAAUUAAAAGUGAAAACAGUGAUGCCCCAGCUGUUCCUUCACAAUGGAAAAUACCACAUUCUUGGAGAUUACUCUUUGGCAGUGGCCUUCCACCUGCACUCUUCUGAUUAGUCUGGUAUUCUGAAAAAUGAAUUGUAUAACCUCCCUCUAAGACUAACAUUUAACUUUAUGUACAUUACUAUCUUCUAUUUAUGCAAACAUUUCCUUUUAAUACAAUGUAUCAAAAUUUAAUGUAGGUCUCACUCUGACCAAAGAACUGUAUGGUGUGCACAGAAGUUUCUUCGAUAUCUUCUGGUGACUCUUUUCUAAUAAAAUACUUUAAAAAAAUUUUUUUCUUUUAGAGAGUUAACCACACAAGUUAAAAUAUCCUGGUCACCUAUUGUUGCCAUGAAAGUAACAAACUUACCAAUUCCUCAAUCAGUUUGUGAGUCUAGCCUAAAGCUGGAGACCCUUUACCCCAUCAGCCUACUCCCUCUCUCCUGGCAGUCCGACUGAGCAAGCCACCAGUGAUUCCUACUGCUUGAAGUGUCUGUGCAGGUGCUAUACAGAAGACCUAUCAAGCUGGACUGUGUUGUUUUAACUUUGUUCCACAGAGCUGUAAAAGAGACAGCACAGACUGCACCUCUUCCCAUGGGCUGCAGAGACACCAAAGUUAAAACUGUCCAGGUGGAUAAUCCUUACUAAUGACAGCUAGUUUGAUUGUUGCCAGAGAAAUGCCUCAACUUUAAAAUUUUUUUCUUUAAAUUUAAGAUUUUGAUGGGCUUUGCACAACUACAGUAUAUAAAUAAGAUUGACAGGGUUAAAUAAUUCAAAUUACUAAUUACAAAAGAACAUGGAUUGUACUGUGGACAUAAUCAGACCAUUUCAGAAGUAGCUGUUAAAAUCAAUUCUGUUUUAAAUCUUCAGGAAUAUGAAAUACUUGUUUAAAUUGUAAUCCUAAAACUGUCAGAUGUAAAUUAUGGCUUACACAUAGGAACCUUUGAUAACUAAUUUUCAUAUUGGUAUUACAGUAAUGCUGAGAUUGUAUUACAUUGUCUGAAGACUUAAGCUAGUUCACUUUUCUCAGACUUUUCAGAAUUAUCUGGAAAUCAGUCUACAAAGAAAUGUUUCAUAAGGGAGAUGCCUCAGGGCUUAGAGUAGUUCUACCUACUCAGAAACAAAGUAUGUGGCCAUUAAAAAGGUUUGCUCUAGAAGGAUUCAUGAAUGACUGAGGUGGCAUCUUAUUCAUAAUGAAAAUAAAGUUGCUCUGAACCAAGAAGUGAAUCAAUGGUAAUAGCAUCCAAAAAGACAAUGCAGCUCAGAGAAAGGACUACGUAGUCACUAGAGAAGACUGUGGGAUUGUCAAACUUGGUAUUACUGGACAGGUCUGUUUCCCAUUUCAGUGUCAUGGUUGCUUAGUGAAAUGUGGCCAGAUUAAAAAGUUGCAAAAAAAUAUUUGUUUAUACAGCUUUCUAUAGUCCCCAUUUUAGAACAGGCUAUAUGUAAAUAUACUAACAGUGCUUUUCUGUCACUGAAUUAUCUAUAACAAACUUUUGUAAGGAGCAGCUCAUGCCCAGCUGAACAUUACAGAAGUUUAAGGACUUAACUGUGUAAAGGUGCAAGAGGGACACAACUUGAGUAUUUAGCAAUCUGCUUAAUUGAAGGCACAAAAAUAGUCCCAUUUAAAUCAAUAGUACUCACAUACUUAAGAACUUCAUGGGAUCUUAGUGAGAGGGUUCACCCCUUGCAGGAUUGAAUUCAAAAUCAAAGUGAAAAACACUGAGCUAGAUUAGAGACCUGGUUUUUGGGGGUGGGACCUGGAGUAACUUGAAUAAAGAUAGUGGAGUUACCAAUGUAACAGAUUAGAAUCUGACCUACUCUAUUUAACUGAAGCUGCAAGUAGGUAGGGAACCAGAAUGCAGUUACCUGAUUGGGAAUUUGGACAAGACAUAAGGCUUAAUAUUCAUAUAAUUAAGAAAAUAGUUACAGGUCUUCAAUGAGUGCAAGAGGCUACCUGUAGGGAGCAAGUUUAGUGAGGUCCUUUAGUACCACAAACUGUUUCUGAAAAGCUCUGCAGGAGGGACCUGAUCCUGUACAUUUAUUUAUGAAUAGUCCCACUGCAGUGGAUCUACCUCCUUUUAGAUCUCUUAAAUCCAGAAGACCAAAUUGCAAACUAAAGGUCACAGCCACAUAGUGGUUACCCUCACUACUUCCUUCAUAUUUAUUACACCCAGUAGCUUAAAUUUAGGCCCUGCUCCUGCAAUGAGGUAGUAGGCAGUGUUUUACUAGAUAGUUGUAAAGCACAAAGGCUCUCCUUGACUGGGGCCUACUACUCAUACAAAUACAGUAGGGUACCCACUGAACUUAGUGGGAAUGAUAUGGACUUGAGGGACAGCAUUGGCCCUUCAAACAGGCAUUUGAAAAUCACAGAAUAAUUGUUAAAAUUUUUCAUAAAAACAAGGUAUCACCUCAGGCCUUUUCCAGCUCUUUUAUGUGCCUUGCACAAUGCAGUUUCAUUUUGACCUCUUAAAAAGUUGUUUAUAUAGAGCUUUCUGUAUUUAGCUGGGCCGCUUGAGUAGUUUCAGCUGUUGGGAAUCCAAGUGAUUGCUUUGUUGAGGCCCUGCAGCAACAUCAUUCCCAGCAGAACUGAGUGUGAGCUUAAAAGAGAUUACUCAAUUCUGUAUGAGGGACAGUCUUCCUAGAUAUGUCUCCACUAGGCUCAGCCUGAUUGUGUAUACAAUUUUUAGUUACUUUAGUACAAAAACAAUUAGUAAGAAAAUCCUUUAGUUUCCUGUUUGGAUAACUCAAACAUGUAAGCUACAUUUUAUCAAUUUCCAAAACAAAUUCACUCUUAGAACUAGACUUUUUUUCUGCCUCUGCUUAAGUUCAGCAUUUUAAAAGAAAGUACUUACCCCAUGGUAGGACUAGGACCACAGUGUAUUUUAACUGACUGUAUCCAAACUGCCACACAAAAAAAGCAGCUAGCUGCAUUUCUUUCAUUGGUAAAGUAUUAUGAAUAUUUAUAGUAGCAUGAUAAUGGAACUAUGAAAAAUAAAGUGCAGAUUUUCAGAUGUGUAAGCUUAUAAGAA